AUGGCGGCGGCGGCGGACUGGUCAAGCCUUCACCAGGACCUCCUCAGCCGUAUCUUCCUCCUAAUCGCAUGCCUCGCCGACCGCGUCAGGGCCUCCGCCGCCUGCAAGCACUGGCGCCGCGUUGCGCUGGAUGACCCGCCCACGCUCCCCUGGCUCCUCACGCCCUCCACCGCCGGCAUCUCCUGCUACCGCAUCUUCGGCGGCUUAGACCAUCCGCGCCCGUCCAUCCCCGGCGAGGUCCACGGGGCGCGUUUCUGCGGCUCCUUUCCCGGCGGCUGGUUCGUGGCCGCGCAACACGACUGGCGCGCCCACGCCCUGCUCAACCUCCGGCCCGGCGAGCGCGUUCCCCUUCCGGGCCGCGUGCGCAUCCCCCUGUACCCCAUCGUCCUCAAGUGCCCAAUAGUAAUCCGCGUCGCCGCCAUGUCCGCCCCGCCAUCGUCUGGCGCCUGCGUCGUCGCUGCCCUAACGUCAGGCCCGACCACCUUGGCGUUCUGGCGCCCGGGCAUGGACUGCUGGUCGCAACCGCCGAUGGGGAUUGUCGUUCCGCACAACGCCCAGGACCUGACAUACCAUGACGGAUGGUUCUGGGCCAUCACCCCCGCGGAGAAUCUCGUGUGCUACAAGCCGGAGAUCAACGAUGGAGACGCCGCCUCUCUUACUAUUCGACAUCUCGUCUACAAGUCCCAUGGACAUGGUCACCACCAGAUGACCACGACGACCCCGACGGCACCCGGGAAGGCCGUCUCCCGCUACCUCUUGCCCUCCGCCUCCGGCGCCGAUCUGCUGAUGGUGAAGAGGUUCGUCGCGCCGGCGAGAGGCGGCGCCACGUUGCGCUUCGAGGUCUUCAGCCUACACAAGGAACAGGACGGACGGUCGGCUUCCUGGCGCUCCUACCCGAUGAGCGGGCGGCUGCUCUUCGUCGGCCGCAGCUGCUCCAAGGCAUUCGACACCGGGCACGCCGGCAGCCCGGGCUACAUCUACUUCCUCGACGACGUCUACCCUAGGGGUCCGCUCAGCGUCCUUCAGCAGAAAGUGUAUCCCUGCGUGGACACUGGCGCGUGGGAUUGCUCCCGUCAGGAAAUCAAGCGCUGCCUGCCAUGCUCGCCUCCCUCGGACAGCUCGCCCUGCAUUUGGUACCUUCAUUGA